GACGUCGUCACGACCUCCCCUAACAUUUUCCUUUUUCUCUCUCCUCCCCACAAACUGGCAGCCAUGAUGACUAGAACAAGAAAGAGAGAGAAACUAGGAGAAAGUUCAUACGCAUAGUUACUCGCAGUUUGGAUUCAAGAAAUAUUUCAAUUUUGUUUUCUUGUGAUCCAAAAUUCGAAGAGAGUUGGCGGAAUUCUUUGUGUAGCUCAAUAAGUUUACUUUUGGAUUCUGCGAGAUUGUGUUUAGGUCGUUCAAUCGUUUCUUAAUUGUUAAAUUGGACUUGCAGUUGAGAAAACGAGGUAUUUUAGGGUUCGUAAAUCAUGAGUAAAGCGAUGGAGAGUAUACAGGAUCUAAUUGAAGAAGCUAAGCUUCGAACUGUGUGGUGGAGUCUCUGUAUAUUCGCAAUGUCUUACUUCUUGACGCAUAGUAGCAAGUCAAUGUUAAUGAAUAUUCCCAUAGCCAUACUCUUGGUAUCUGGGCUGAGAAUUUUGUUAAAUGAGGUGGAAUUCCGAUGGAAGGUUCGGAAUAACAGGACAGCAUCGUACUUAUCACACUUAGAAAAGAAGCAGCUAUCAGUAAAUGAUUCCCGACUUACUACUCCGCCACCGCCCAAAAAGUGGAAAAGAAAAAUAGAUUCACCUCUUGUCGAAGCUGCUAUUGAGGAUUUUGUCAACAAACUUUUGCAUGAUUUCGUCGUAGAUUUAUGGUAUUCUGAAAUUACGCCUGACCGAGAGGCACCAGAACUAAUACGUGCUAUAGUCAUGGAUGUUCUUGGAGAAGUAUCUGCUAGAAUCAAAGAAUUAAACCUUGUUGACUUGUUGACAAGGGAUGUAGUGGACCUGAUAGGGGAGCACCUUGAUCUCUUCAGAAGGAACCAGGCCACUAUUGGUGUGGAUGUUAUGGGAACAUUAUCUUCUGAGGAAAGGGAUGAAAGGUUGAAACACCAUCUCCUGGCUUCUAAGGAGCUUCACCCUGCGUUGAUAUCGCCAGAGAGUGAGUACAAGGUUCUUCAGCGGCUCAUGGCUGGACUUUUGGCUGUUGUGCUGAGACCAAAGGAAGCUCAAUGCCCUCUAGUCCGCUGCAUUGCUCGCGAACUCUUAACUUGUUUGGUAGUGCAACCUGUUAUGAAUUUUGCAAGUCCCUCGUAUAUUAAUGAGUUGAUUGAAUAUAUUAUCCUUGCCUACAACAAUGAGGGGUUCAGGGAGUCCUCCAGCGAUCAAUCACCUAAUAUGGGGGUUCAUAACCCUGAACACCAAGUUUCGGGAGAACGUGGUCAAAGCAGUGAAUCUAAUUUGAGAAAAAGAUUGCCUUUGAACAAUCAAGAAACUAGUUUAUCAUUGGCUCGACUGGAUCAUGAGAAGGUACAAGAGUCAGAUAUCUCAGGUGAUCCUUUAUCUAGUAUGGCUGAGGGUGAACCAACUCAUAUACGGCAUGGUGAGUGGGCUAAACCAUUUGAGGCUGCAACUCAGAGAAGAACUGAAGUUCUUAUGCCUGAAAAUCUUGAAAACAUGUGGACGAUUGGAAGAAACUACAAAAAGAAAAUCCAGAAAAAGGCUGCUCUAGGUGUUCUGGCUUCAGAAGUUCCAGAUUCAGUAAGUGGCCUAUUACCUACACAGGAUUUGGUGACUGAAGUACCCAAACAGAAGCCUGGAACAUAUCCUCGAAUAGAAGACAAAGUUUCCAUGCAGCUACCACCCAGGCCCCUGCAGGAGUCACAGUCCACUGGUCUGAGUAUUGAUGCUUUAAGCACUUCCCAAGAGCAUAAUAUGGAGGUGGUUCCUAAAGGAAGAUCUUCUGUUUAUGAACUGGAUAACCCUGCUGUUAUUUCCCAUGAAAACAGAAAUAAGCUUAAAAGAUCAAACAGCACCUCUGCCUUGACAGUUCAGUUAAACCUGGAAGAUAUGUAUGCAAGUGAAGGCAGUGCACCUAUCAUUAAUGAGUUCUACAGCGCAGAUGGUAAUAAACUUAAUGUACAUAGCCUGAUGAGCAAAUCAGACAUUGUAUUACGUCAUGAAGGAGUGCAUGCUUCAAAGCUUAGAUGUCGGGUUAUUGGAGCAUACUUCGAGAAACUUGGUUCAAAAUCUUUUGCAGUUUACUCAAUUGCUGUAACAGAUGCUAAUGGCACCACUUGGUUUGUGAAAAGGAGGUAUCGGAACUUUGAGAGAUUGCAUAGGCAUCUUAAGGAUUUUUCCAAUUAUACAUUACAUUUGCCGCCCAAAAGGAUAUUCUCUUCAAAUACAGACGAUGCUUUUGUUCACCAACGCUGUAUUCAGCUUGACAAGUAUCUUCAGGAUCUUUUAUCAAUUGCUAACGUAGCAGAGCAACACGAGGUGUGGGAUUUUCUUAGUGCCUCCUCUAAGAAUUACUCGUUUGGGAAAUCUUCGUCUGUGAUGAGGUCUCUUGCAGUUAACGUGGAUGAUGCUGUGGAUGAUAUAUUACGUCAAUUCAAAGGGGUUUCUGAUGGCCUCAUGCUGAAAGUUGCUGGCUCACCUUCGUCUUCAAUCGGACAAGGUUCUUCUGUUACAAACAAAAACUUGUCCUGGAAUGCUGAUGAUAUAAAUAAAUUGGCCAUCAGGCCUAGUAUGUCAGAGUCAACUAACAGUGCCUCAGACAACGACGAAGGUGAUAAAGAUCUAAACCUUGGGGAUCAGGAUGUAGAAGCUUCAAGCCAAACUAGAGGGUGGCAUUCAAACUAUGAGUCAACCUCAAAGGGGUUACCACAAAAGGUUGUUAAACAUGAUGCAGAUGUCAGUAACUUCAACUCAGAUGAAAUCCAAAGUGUGAGGUUGAAAUCUGAAUCUAACUCUGAUAGAUAUCCAGAGUCUAAUCUAGCGGUAACAUCCAUUCCGCAAGAUGGUCUUACUGGGGUACCCCCAGAGUGGACGCCACCAAAUUUAAGUGUUCCAGUUCUGAAUUUAGUUGAUAAUGUAUUUCAACUCAAAAGAAGGGGCUGGCUGAGGAGACAGGUAUUUUGGAUAUCAAAACAAAUACUGCAGUUAGUCAUGGAAGAUGCCAUUGAUGAUUGGCUCUUAAGGCAAAUCCAGUGGCUCCGUAGAGAGGAUGUUGUUGCAAAAGGGAUCCGAUGGGUCCAGGACAUCCUCUGGCCUGAAGGCACAUUCUUCCUGAGAUUGCGUGCUCAACUAAAUAAUAUGGAAGCUACUCAAGGAUCUCAGCAAACUACAAAACAACCAGGUGGUAUGAGGGCUACUCAAUCAGGGUCUUUUGAGCAACAGCUGGAAGCUGCUCGCAGAGCUAGCUAUGUGAAAAAGAUGUUAUUCAAUGGUGCUCCAACCACUUUAGUCAGUUUGAUCGGACACAAGCAGUACAGACGGUGCACUAGAGAUCUCUACUAUUUUCUUCAGUCCACAGUUUGUCUGAAGCAGCUCGGUUAUGGAAUACUGGAACUUGUUCUAAUAUCAAUUUUCCCUGAACUGCGGGAGAUUGUUACGGAUAUCCACGAAAAGUCGGGAUCUCAACCAGUAUAGAAGAAAAUCUUGUUUAGUCCCAACUCACUUUCUGAGGGUGGUCAAGCCUCUAGCAUCAAUUCCAAUUUUGUUGUACAAAAUGUAAAACAGUCCUAUGUACAGUUGUCUAUUUUUGUGUAUAUUUGACAAUUUAGUUUGAUCCUUAAGCAGCUAAAAAACUCUCGAAAAAAAGGAAAAGAAGGGGGGAAAAAUAACAUCGGAUUUAUCCUUUAGUAGAACUGUUUCUUCGGCAUUCGAAGAGCUCCAGGUGUUUCAAGUGAAAAAUUUAAGUUCACCUACUCGAUUUUCUGCGUGUUCUCUCAGUCGAGAUGGUACGGUAUUUUCUGCGUGUUCUCUUAGUUUAUUAUUUUAAUCAGUUUACCUUUUGUUUUAGGAUUCUAAUUUGUUUUUAGGCCUAAAAAUAUUUAUUUUUUAUUCAUUCAUUGAUAUAUUAUACUUGAGUUUCAAUAAAUUUCGUUUUCUGUUGAA